UGGCCUGCAAAUGGUGGGUGGCGACACUAAUUUUAGUUUCUAUACUUGCUAAUUUAAUUUCUUCCCUAAGGGUGAUGCUUGCACUUCCUCCCAAAGUGGGUUGGUGACAAGUGUUGGGGUUCUUAUAGCCUCUCCCCCUCCUCCCUCUCCUCAUGUUGAUCUGUCUUGGAAAGACAGUUUAUGUUUGGUCAUACAUUGAUAUUUACCAGGGGGAUCUUCAGAUACUGGGUACUCAAAGAGCUCUAUUGAGUUCAUAGACCAGCAAUGGGGGCUGGAGGAGAAAAGGGAAAUAUCGAACUUGUAGAUGGUAUCAGGACCAAUGAUAUCGGAUCCUCCAGCAAUUCAGUAGUAAGAGAGCCGGUGAAGAUGCCGGAUCGGCAUGAGAGUGAGAAGAGUGGGAAGCAGGACGACGGCAAGUAUGCCGUUCCAUUUUACAAGCUGUUCGCAUUUGCCGACUCAACUGAUAUAAUUUUGAUGGUCUUGGGGACGGCUGGCGCGGUGGCAAAUGGCCUCGCGCUGCCACUUAUGACGGUUCUUUUUGGAGACCUGAUUGGCUCUUUUGGAGGAGCUGCAGACAACCAUGAUGUGGUUCAUAGGGUUUCCGAGGUAGCACUUAAGUUUGUCUAUCUAGCAAUUGGGACAGGCGUGGCAUCUUUCUUCCAGGUGGCUUGUUGGAUGGCUUCUGGGGAGAGACAGGCUGCACGAAUACGAAAUUUAUACUUGAAAACCAUAUUACGUCAAGAAAUUGCCUUCUUUGACAAGGAAACUAAUACUGGAGAAGUUGUUGAGAGAAUGUCGGGGGACACCGUCCUUAUUCAGGAUGCCAUGGGUGAAAAGGUUGGUAAGUUCAUUCAAUUAACGGCGACGUUCAUUGGAGGUUUUGUGGUUGCUUUUGUUCAAGGGUGGCUUCUCACCCUUGUUAUGCUAGCAACAAUUCCUCCACUUGUGGUUGCUGGAGGAAUCGUGUCCACUGUUGUAUCCAAGAUGGCAUCACGUGGACAGGCAGCUUAUGGAGAAGCGGCAGUUGUCGUGGAACAGACCAUUGGAGCAAUUAAAACAGUUGCUUCUUUUACUGGGGAAAAACAUGCAGUGAACAAAUACAGUGAGUCUCUAAAAAGUGCUUACAGUUCAGGUGUUCAAGAAGGUUUGGCUGCAGGACUAGGUCUUGGCACAGUCAUGCUCUUCUUGUUCUCUGGGUAUUCUUUGGGCAUAUGGUAUGGAUCAAAAUUGAUACUGGACAAGGGUUACACAGGUGCUGAUGUCAUUAAUGUGAUAUUUGCAGUCCUGACAGGCUCCUUCUCUUUAGGGCAGGCAUCACCAUGCAUGACAGCAUUUGCAGCAGGCCAAGCUGCAGCAUAUAAGAUGUUUCAAACAAUCAACAGAAAGCCAGAAAUUGAUGCUUAUGAUGCAAGUGGAAAGAUGCCCGAUGACAUUGAAGGGGACAUAGAAUUUAGAGACGUUUAUUUCAGUUACCCUGCGAGACCAGAUGAGCAAAUCUUCCGUGGAUUCUCUCUUUUUAUAGAAAAUGGAACGACUGUGGCCUUGGUUGGAGAGAGUGGAAGUGGAAAGUCCACUGUCAUCAGUUUGGUAGAAAGAUUCUAUGACCCACAGGCUGGUGAAGUUCUCAUUGAUGGUAUGAAUAUCAAGGAGUACCAGCUUAGAUGGCUUAGAGGCAAAAUUGGACUUGUCAGUCAGGAACCAGUCCUGUUUGCUUCUAGCAUCAGAGAUAAUAUAGCCUAUGGCAAAGAUAAUGCAACUAUUGAAGAAAUCAGAGCUGCAGCUGAACUAGCUAAUGCUGCCAAAUUCAUUGAUAAAAUGCCCCAGGGAAUUGACACUAUGGUUGGUGAGCAUGGAACUCAGCUGUCCGGUGGCCAGAAACAAAGAAUUGCCAUUGCAAGAGCAAUUCUGAAAAAUCCACGAAUUUUACUUCUAGAUGAAGCUACUAGUGCUCUGGAUGCAGAGUCUGAACACAUUGUGCAGGAGGCACUUGAUAGAGUCAUUACAAACCGAACUACAGUUGUAGUUGCUCACCGUUUAAGCACAGUAAGGAAUGCUGACACAAUAGCUGUCAUACAUCGAGGAUCAAUAGUUGAAAAAGGUUCACAUUCGGAGUUGUUAAAAGAUCCAGAUGGAGCUUAUUGCCAACUCAUACGCUUGCAGGAAAUGAACAAAGAAUCAGAUAGUACAAUGGGACCGGACAAGGACAAAUCUGAUAUCUGGGAUUCAGGAAGGCGUUCCAGCAAAAAACUGUCCUUUCGAGGAUCAUCGAAAGAGCAAAGUAGUCAGCAUUCAUUCCAAAUGGCACUUGGUAUGCGUGUAGGAAGUGAUAUUCAAGCAAAUGCAACAGAGCAAACUGACAUUCUAAACACUAAAGUGUCUCCACAAGAGCAAAAGGAAGUACCUCUCCGCCGCCUUGCAUACCUUAACAAGCCAGAGCUCCCUGUGUUUGUACUUGGUUCAAUAGCUGCUGUUGUCAAUGGAGUCAUAUUUCCAAUAUUUGCAAUAAUCUUAUCCAAUGUGAUAAAUACAUUUUACCAGCCACCGCACAAGCUUAAGAAGGAUUCCAAGUUUUGGUCGUUAAUGUUCCUGGUAUUUGGCUUGGUGUCCUUAUUUGCACUUCCGGCUAGAUCAUACUUCUUUGCUGUUGCUGGGUGCAAAUUGAUAAGAAGAAUUAGAUUGAUGACAUUUGAGAAGGUGGUUAACAUGGAGAUAGAAUGGUUUGACGAACCUGAGAACUCGAGUGGGGCAAUUGGUGCAAGAUUAUCAGCAGAUGCAGCUGCAGUUAGAAGUCUUGUGGGUGACGCACUUGCGCUAGUUGUUCAGAACACUGCCACUUUGGUUUCUGGUUUGCUGAUCGCUUUCCUUGCCAAUUGGCAAUUAUCUCUUAUUAUCUUGGCUUUGAUACCUCUUAUAGGUCUCAAUGGAUAUAUCCAGAUGAAGUUUAUAACGGGAUUCAGUGCGAAUGCAAAGAUGAUGUACGAGGAAGCAAGUCAAGUUGCUAAUGAUGCAGUCGGAAGUAUAAGAACGGUUGCCUCAUUUUCGGCUGAGGAAAAGGUAAUCGAACUGUACAAGAAAAAAUGUGAAGGCCCUAUGGGAACAGGAAUAAGGCAAGGGAUAAUCAGUGGAAUUGGUUUUGGAGUCUCCUUCUUUAUGUUGUUUUGUGUGUAUGCAACCAGCUUUUAUGCUGGAGCUCGGCUUGUGGAGGAUGGGAAGACAACUUUUGGAAAAGUUUUUCAAGUUUUCUUUGCUCUGGCUAUGGCAGCUGUUGGCAUAUCUCAAUCAAGCUCCAUUGCACCAGAUUCUACCAAAGCAAGAUCUGCUACAGCUUCUGUGUUUGCUAUUCUUGACCGGAAGUCUAAGAUAGAUCCAAGUGAUGAUUCUGGGAUGUCUUUAGAAACAGUGAAGGGCAACAUUGAGUUUCAGCAUGUCAGUUUCAGGUACCCUACAAGGCCAGAUGUCCAGAUCUUCCAAGAUCUGUGCUUGGCGAUCCGUGCUGGAAAGACUGUUGCGCUUGUUGGGGAGAGUGGCUGUGGAAAAUCAACUGCCAUAUCGUUGUUGCAAAGAUUUUAUGACCCUGAUUCGGGUAAGAUAUUGCUAGAUGGAAUUGAAAUACAAAGGUUCCAGCUGAGGUGGUUUAGGCAGCAGAUGGGUCUGGUGAGUCAAGAGCCAUCCUUGUUCAAUGAUACAAUCCGAGCUAAUAUUGCUUAUGGAAAGGAAGGAAAGGCCACUGAAGCUGAGAUUGUAGCUGCCGCAGAGCUAGCAAAUGCCCACAAGUUUGUCAGUGGUUUGCAGAAGGGUUAUGACACAUUAGUUGGAGAGCGAGGUAUCCAGUUAUCUGGUGGGCAGAAACAGCGCGUGGCGAUUGCACGUGCCAUAGUGAAGGAUCCCAAAAUAUUGUUACUAGAUGAGGCAACUAGUGCGCUUGAUGCUGAAUCUGAACGAAUUGUUCAAGAUGCAUUGGAUCGAGUCAUGAUCAAUCGAACCACGAUCAUUAUAGCCCAUCGCUUGUCUACAAUAAAAGGUGCUGAUAUUAUUGCCGUCGUAAAAAAUGGAGCGAUCGUAGAGAAAGGAAGGCAUGAUACUCUGAUUAAUAUCAAGGAUGGGGUUUACGCCUCCUUAGUAGCUCUUCACUCGAGAGCCUCUUCAUAGCGUAUGGUACUUUGCGCAGACCAUGUUUUCACCUAUUUGCAUUUUGGUCGACAAGAAUCCCAAGUGCCAAUUUUUUCUUGGUUAUCCCUCUCAUGCAACUCUAUUUAUACAAUCCUUCAGAUAUAACCAUGUGAGCCUCUGCAUAGAUUGUAGCAACAGAAAAAAAAAAAAACUGUAUACGGCAUGAAAUGCUUGUUAUUAUAAUUAUAAUUCAUCUUUUCCUAUUUGCA